AUCUUUGAAAGCAAGCCAAGAAGGUUCUUGAGGUGAAUAGGAAGUAAAUACUAGGAAGUAUUUUAUCUCCGUAACUAUCUACAUACUCCAAAACCUUCUUCCAAACCCAAAACCCUCUCUGCUAAGAUCCAAAACGUUUGAGUUUUGUGAGGUUUGUGAGAACGGAUCUUAGCAAUGGCAAACAACUCAUCCAACGGAGGAGAAAAGAGCACAACAAAGCCACCUCCACAGCCAUCACCAUUACGUAAUUCAAAAUUUUUUCAGUCCAAUAUGAGAAUUUUGGUUACGGGAGGAGCUGGAUUUAUUGGCUCUCACCUUGUGGACAAAUUGAUGGAAAACGAAAAAAAUGAGGUAAUUGUUGCUGAUAACUUCUUCACUGGAUCAAAGGACAACCUUAAGAAAUGGAUUGGUCAUCCCAGAUUUGAGCUUAUUCGUCAUGAUGUUACUGAGCCAUUGUUGGUUGAGGUUGAUCAGAUUUACCAUCUUGCUUGCCCAGCUUCUCCAAUUUUCUAUAAAUACAAUCCUGUCAAGACAAUAAAGACAAAUGUAAUUGGCACUCUGAAUAUGCUUGGACUAGCAAAGCGAGUUGGAGCAAGGAUUUUGCUUACAUCAACUUCAGAGGUAUACGGAGAUCCCCUAGUACAUCCUCAACCUGAAAGCUAUUGGGGCAAUGUUAACCCAAUUGGAGUCAGGAGCUGCUAUGAUGAGGGGAAGCGUGUGGCUGAGACCUUGAUGUUUGACUAUCAUAGGCAGCAUGGAAUAGAAAUUCGGAUUGCUAGAAUCUUCAACACAUACGGACCACGCAUGAAUAUUGAUGAUGGGCGUGUGGUGAGCAAUUUCAUUGCACAAGCACUCCGUGAUGAACCUUUGACUGUCCAGCUUCCUGGAACUCAAACUCGCAGUUUCUGUUAUGUCUCUGACAUGGUCAACGGCCUAAUUCGUCUUAUGGAAGGAGAGAACACUGGGCCCAUCAAUAUUGGAAACCCAGGUGAAUUCACAAUGCUUGAACUUGCAGAGACAGUGAAGGAGCUGAUUAAUCCUGCGGUGGAGAUAAAGAAGGUGGAGAACACUCCUGAUGAUCCUCGACAGAGGAAACCCGACAUUACAAAAGCAAAAGAGUUGUUGGGGUGGGAGCCAAAAAUCAAGUUAAGGGAAGGUCUUCCUCUCAUGGAGGAGGAUUUCCGACUAAGGCUUGGAGUAACCAAAAAGAAAUGAAUUCUUACCGCUGGAAAAAUAUAGAUGAGCAGGGGAAGGUGAACUCUCAUUCACGGAAGAUUACAUCCAACAAUGGGAGUGCAGUGCAUUCUCUGGCCAAAACCGAUUCUGGGGCUCUUCUUCAUUAUUGCACUUCUCGUCUACAUUGUUUCUUGUGUCAAAAUUUUAUCUCUUUCAAUUUCGAUCAUGUCACUAUAGGAAAAUUAUGUGGCUUGGUCUCUCAUUUCAUUUUUCUUUUUCUUUUCUUCUUCACAUAUGAAAUAUACUGUGGAACUCCACAUUAUAAAUGCUUGUUUUCAUGUUGAGUCGAAACUUUGUAUGAUGCUUAUAGAAACCAUAUAAAUUUUGCUACCGCUGUUAAAGAAUAGUAUGUUAUUUCUCAUUUA